AUGACGGGAGACCUGGUAAACGGCGUUAUUGUGAAACCCAUCCAGAAUGUUACUCGGUCCCCAGCCAGGAGGUUGAAUGUCGGCGUGGUAGGAAUUGGCCGUAUGGGCCGGCGACAUGCUAUGAAUAUCCUUCGUCUGGUCCCGCGGGCAAACCUGUUGUGCGCUUGUUCCCCGGCCGAGGCCGAUCUUGUUUGGGCCGAUGAGCAUCUCGUCCCCUACAGGGUUCAGGUAUAUCCCACCUUCGAAGAAAUGAUCGAGACACCCGGUCUAGAAGCUGUGAUCAUAGCCUCAGCGACAGAGUUGCAUCUGAAACAUACGACAGCUGCACUUGAUCGGGGUAUUCACGUCCUGUGCGAGAAGCCCAUAUGCACAUCAAUCUCUGAGCUGUACACUCUCAUCGACAAAGUCGAGGCCAAUCCCAAAACAAAAUUGAUGGUCGGGUUUGUUCGCAGAUUCGACGAGAAUUAUCAGGAUGCCUACCAUAAGAUCAAAGAAGGCAAGAUUGGAACCCCCAUCGUCAUUAGAUCCCAGGGCUGUGAGAAGCUCGAUACGAGCUCCGCCUAUAAACAGUAUCUGAAGGGCAGUGGUGGGAUAUUCCUCGACAGUAUUAUUCACGACAUCGAUUUGUCCAUUUUGUUGUUGGGAGGGAACUGCAAGCCGAAAUCAGUGUCCGCCGCCGGCGUAUCUGCGAUUCACACUGAACUGGCGGAAGAUGGCGAUGCAGAUAACGCAGUUGGGAUUUGUGAGUUCUGGGAUGGCAAGAUCGCGUACUUCUACAAUUCAAGAACCGCCGCACAUGGUUACGAUAAUGCGACCGAGAUUUUUGGUACGGCCGGCAAAAUCUCCGUCAAUAUGACCCCCAGACGGAAUCGUGUUGAGCUAUGCGAUGGUGAUGGGCUUGUCAAGGUUGAGCCAACACCAGGAUGGUAUGAUCGAUAUUCGGCUGCGUUUGUCGCUGAGGCGAUAUCCUGGGUCAAUGCUAUCCUGGAUGAGGAGCCGAUGCCGGUGCCACUGAGGGACUGCUUGACGUCUCUCAUCAUCGCACAGGCUCUCCAAGAAAGUUUAAAAACUGGUCGGAAGGUGACGUUCGACAAGGAUACCUUCCAGCCGGAAAAAGGUUCGUGUAUGGUGACGCCUUGA